GGGAGUAUGAGCGAGUUCCGCAUUCACCACGAUGUCAAUGAGUUGCUCAGCCUGCUGCGCGUUCACGGCGGGGAAGGAGCCGAAGUCUACAUCGAUCUUCUGCAGAAGAAUCGAACGCCUUACGUUACCACGACUGUCUCUGCGCACAGCGCAAAGGUAAAAAUAGCAGAGUUUUCUCGAACUCCUGAAGAUUUUUUAAAGAAGUACGAUGAGCUGAAGUCAAAAAAUACAAGACAUCUGGAUUCUUUAGUUUAUCUGCUGUCAAAACUCACAGAAGACAAAGAGACACUCCAGUAUUUGCAGCAAAAUGCUAAAGAAAGGGCAGAACUUGCAGCAAAUGCAGCAACCAGUGCCAGCACAAACUUUUCCAUUCCUUCGUCUACUUCCAAGAUAUCUCUGCAGGAGCUCGAGGAGCUACGCAAGCAGCUGGGCAGUGUCACAGCCAACUCCAGCGUUCAGCAGCCCCUUGAGCUUACACGAAAACUCCUCCGAGAUAAGCAGAACAAGAAGAAUUCUGGUCAGCCCAUUCCAGUAUUUCCAUGCUGGGUGUAUGAGAGACCUGCACUUACUGGCGAUUUCUUAAUUGGCACCAGUUUAAGCACUGACACAACGAUACCUAUAGGUACCUUGCCAUUAGCCUCCCAAGAAUCCAUGAUUGUGGAGGACUUGCUGUACGUUCUGAUUGGUGUGGAUGGAAGAUACAUCACAGCACAGCCUCUUGUAGGCAGGCAGAACCGAGCGUUUUCAGUCGAUCCAAACUUAGACUUGUCCAUCAAAGAGCUGGUGACCAGGAUUCUUCCUGUAGCAACAAGUUACUCUGCUGUCACCAGGUUUAUAGAGGAGAAGUCUUCCUUCGAGUAUGGACAGGUAAAUCAUGCUCUGGCUGCUGCUAUGCGGACUCUAAUCAAGGAAUACAUGAUACUGAUUACCCAGCUGGAACAUCUUCAGAGACAGGGACUUCUGUCACUGCAGAAACUCUGGUUUUAUAUCCAGCCCACAAUGAGGACCCUGGAGAUUCUUGCUUCACUUGCUACUUCUGUGGAUAAAGGUGAGUGUAUGGGAGGAUCAACCCUGAGCUUACUCCAUGACAAGACUUUCAAUUACACGGGGGACAGCCAGGCCCAGGAGCUGUGCCUGUAUUUAACCAAGGCAGCCAGCGUGCCUUAUUUUGAAAUUCUGGAAAAGUGGAUAUAUCGAGGCAUCAUUACUGAUCCAUACAGUGAGUUCAUGGUGGAGGAACAUGAGCUGCAGAAGGAGAAGAUUCAGGAGGAUUAUAAUGACAAGUAUUGGGAUCAAAGAUAUACUGUUGUUCAGCAACAAAUACCCUCAUUCUUGCAGAAAAUGGCUGACAAAAUACUAAGCACAGGGAAAUAUUUAAAUGUUGUGCGAGAAUGUGGACGUGAUGUUACCUGCCCUGUGGCUAAAGAGGUCAUCUAUACUUUAAAAGAGCGAGCAUAUGUGGAACAAAUAGAAAAAGCAUAUAACUAUGCUAGCAAAGUUCUUCUGGAUUUCCUAAUGGAGGAGAAAGAGCUGGUGGCUCACCUAAGAUCUAUAAAACACUAUUUCCUGAUGGAUCAAGGGGACUUUUUUGUUCACUUCAUGGAUCUCACAGAAGAGGAACUUAAGAAGCCUGUAGAUGACAUCAUAACUACAAGGCUAGAGGCUCUGCUUGAAUUAGCCCUGCGAAUGAGCACAGCCAACACAGAUCCUUUCAAGGAUGAUUUAAAGAUUGACUUGAUGCCCCAUGACCUCAUUACACAGCUCUUGAGAGUAUUGGCCAUAGAAACGAAACAGGAGAAGGCCAUUAUCAGUGCAGAUCCCACAGAGCUCACUCUCAGCGGUCUGGAAGCAUUUUCCUUUGACUACAUUGUUAAGUGGCCUCUGUCCCUUAUUAUAAACAGGAAAGCGCUGACAAGAUACCAGAUGCUUUUCAGACACAUGUUCUAUUGUAAACAUGUGGAAAGACAGUUGUGCAACGUUUGGAUCAGCAAUAAGACGGCCAAGCAAUUCUCCCUGCAUUCAGCUAAGUGGUUUGCUGGUGCUUUCACACUGCGGCAGCGGAUGCUGAAUUUUGUACAGAAUAUCCAGUAUUACAUGAUGUUUGAAGUAAUGGAACCAACAUGGCAUAUUCUUGAGAAGAACCUGAAGUUGGCAUCUAAUAUUGAUGAUGUCCUGAGCCACCACACAAGCUUCCUGGAUAACUGCUUGAAGGACUGCAUGCUAACCAACCCGGAGCUGCUGAAAAUCUUCUCCAAGCUGAUGUCUGUCUGUGUCAUGUUCACAAACUGCAUGCAGAGGUUCACCCAGAGCAUGAAGCUGGAUAAUGAGAUGGACCGGCUCACCUUAGAGCAUGGCACAAUGCUGGGCCCGCCAACAGAGGAGGAGCGUGCCGAAGAGACUGCGAAGAAGAAGCUGACUAACAAGCUUUUAGCAGAGCAUGCCGACAACCUCCACCUGACAUCUGGCUUCGAAGCAACUAUCAACAAGUUUGAUAGCAAUUUCUCAACACAUCUGCUGGACCUGUUGGACAAAUUGAGUGUUUACAGCACCAAUGACUGUGAGCACAGCAUGCUCAACGUCAUCUACAGGUUGGACUUCAACGGGUUCUACACAGAGCGCUUGGAGCACAUGUCUGCCGAGCGCAGCCAGAAGGCAGCUCCCCUGCUUCCCCGCCUGGCCGUACCUGCCCAGUGAAG